GCUUAUGCCUUCUUUAGAUGCAGUAACUCUUUCUGAGCUUCAAAAUAUGCUUCACGAGAUUAAUCCAUAUGUAUAUAUUUUUAAGCAAACAGGUACUAUCUUGCAUCAAGAUCGAUCUCAACAUUUAACAAUGUUAAUAAAAGAUUCGAGAGUUGCUGAUUCACAUCAAUACAACCUUCCGUGUGCAUCAGAAGUCGCAGCUAUUAUAGUUGAGGAACCUAAUAAUGAAACGGAAAUAUCUUCUGUUGAAAAUCAACCUGACCUUUGUAGUGAAGAAAAUUUAUUGGAUGAUGAAUCUACCGUGGAUUAG